AUGGAUGAAACAGAGUGCCUAAUCAGAACACAAUAUCGCUUUGUUUCAUUAGUUCCCUUGACGGAUUCCCAUUUUAAGGAGCAAAUGAAGAGAACAGCGCCCAACCAUGAUACCACUUCCGGUGAGCAGCGGGAAGAGACUACCAGACCUCCCGAAGGGGAUCCUUCCGCUCAGUCCUCCUAUUGUGGUUUUACUACACAAGAUAUUUUACAUUCAGAAUUAAUCAUUGAUACUCUUUUCCUGUCGAGAGCAACUAGACUCGGUGAACAGCAGCACCAAUAUGCAGGAAAAGCUCCUCUCUGUAGGACUUCUCAGUUCCAGAGGUCCUUUGUUCCUCGUACCAUCGGACUUGAGUGCGAAAAAUUCCACAACGGAGUCUGCAAGUUGCGACAGGACUCUGGAAGCUGCGACUACACCCUUGACAUCUGCCCUCGGACUGACUCGAAUUGGCUCUGUACUUGCUGCGCUUCAUGUGACGGAGAAGCCUCAAACAACUGUAAGGCUAAUGGAGGCCAUUGUCGAAGGAGUUGCGCAGAGGAGGAGGUGUACGCCUUUUGGCACGACUGCGCUAAAGGAGACUGCAGGUGCUGCAAGGAAUGUCUGCAGAGCACGUGCGCUGAGGGAAGGGUAUCUGCGCCCACCCAGCUCGGGAAUGCCCCAAAGGCUUCUUCCCAAGCGAGCAACUCUGCAGGGGCUUCAAUGAUAAACCGUGCAAGUGCUGCGUCCCUUGUCAACAACCCGAAUGCCCAGGCGUGACAGGCUCUUGCCAGGACAAAGCCAGCCCCUGCCCGGAUGGUAGCAGCGACAAUGCUGUUGAGGUCAACUGCCCCUGCCCAGAUAGCAAAUGCCGCUACUGCUCCCGAAACCAAGUUCCUCCAACAACUGAGGGGGCAGCCAAACCUUGAAGAUGAUGAUGAUGAUGAUGGUGAUGAUGAUGAUGAUCAUGAUAAACUUGGACAAACAAGCGCCAGAAAUUAACUCCACAGCAAAUUCAGAGUUGUAACUGUAUUAUUUUUUUACCAUGAUUAAUUCGCGGUAAAGUAACGCCUUUUGAUAAUUUAACAACUUUCAUCAUUAUCUAAGGAUUCAAGAUUUGAAUCAGUAACCAAUAAAAAGAAAUUAAUAUAAAGAUUGAAGUGAUUUAGUAAAAUCAUAAUUUAACGAGUUUAUCUUUGCAUCAUAAUUAGAAACUUUGAA